UAGGAAUCGAUAGCCAACUAUGCACAAGCGGAAAAUAAUCCUGGAGAAGUCCUCGAGGAAAUCCGUAUUUGAUAAUCCGGCUAACAGUGCUAAGAGAUCAAAGCCGAUCAAAAAUAUAUUCGACGAUGACAGCAUCUCGAGCCCGAUCAGCGACGAAACCAAUGAUCACAAUGAGGUAACGAAGGAGAAUGUCAUCAGCAACUCUACUCGACGGUUACGAUUUCUGCCGGGAAUGGAGAGUAAUGAAGUGCCCGUUACCGACGAUAUUACGGGUGAUGAUACUGCACUUCCAACCGAAACCCAUUCAGUUGAGUUGGCCACUACCAACACUAUGGAUGACAGCUCUUCUGCAAGAUCCGAGUCAAGUGAUGAUGAUUAUAUGAAAAUGGUCAUAGAGGAUACCCCCAAACGUGAUCCACACGAUAUGACAUACACAGAGAUUAUGCGCAAACGCCAAAAGUCACAGGAGCUGAAGUCUCGAGUCCUACCUCCAGAUAUCGUGCAGCGUGAGAAACUGAAGCAAGGACUCGAUACUCCGCUUUUUGCGCCAACGGAGCAAACGAGAGAUUCAAGUGAUCAGAGUACACCGGAAAGUAAUGUUGGGUUAAGCAUAAUGGCAAAAAUGGGCUUCGUUCCUGGGCAAGCGCUAGGAAAAUCCAGUGAUUCGCAGACUUCCAUCGAGCCACUGCGUCCAAAUUUGAAAUACGAUCGACAUGGAAUUGGUAUGGACUCAUCGUUGGCCGAGGAGUUUAGGAAACAAGUGGCCGAAAAACAGGAGGCGGAAGAGCAGGAGAAAGAGAGCUAUGCCGCUAGAAUCUCAGCAGAGGUUUCAGACAAACACGUUCGAACGCAAGUCGCAGCAGCACAAAAAAUUUGUCGAGAGCUUGAUAUUGCGGCCGAUCCACAGCUCGAGUCCAUUUUCUAUGAGGGUGCGGCCUCAAAUCUGAACAAUCUAAGAGUCAAAGAUAUCAACAUCCUCUGGAGAGAACUUGUGGUAGCUGAGCUUGAGGCGAAAGAAGAGGCUCUACUACGAAAGAAGAUGAUGGAACGCACGGUAUCUGCAGAAGAGGUUGCAACGGGAAGCCUAGACUCUACCAAGCCUAAAGAGACAUACGAAAAACUAGCGGCCGAUGAGGAUAAUGAAGAAGAAGACGAUGAGCUUGAGGAGUUUGCAAAUCUGAUUCCCGAAGAUCGUCUGAUGAGGAUUACAAAUUACAUGCGAGAGACAUACUACUACUGUUUCUGGUGUGGAUGCCGUUACGAAGAUGGGAAGGAUCUAGAUGACAACUGUCCUGGAGUCACGGAGGCCGAUCACGAAUAAAGCAGAUCGACUGGAGCAGGGUGUACGAUAAUAUGGAGUUUGGGGCAAAGGGCAUCACGAUGGAAAACUAGGAAGGUCGGGACGUUUGUAGGUACUCGGCUCUCCUAUCAUUAGAUAGAAUACAAUAAGAAUUACCAAUAAUGCCGGUACUAAAAGCGAAUAAGAAUAACAGAUUCAACGAUAAAUCAUUGAGAAUGGAUUGAGCGUAAUAGGAG